AUGGAAAAGAGGGCGUCCCGGUGUCCAGCAGAGGAGAUACCUUACACAGCAGGGUCACCAGUCGUGGGCUCGGUGAGCUUCAAGACCUUGACCAUCAUCAUCGGAUGGACUUGCUUCGGCGUCACGGCCGUCCUCUGGCUGGUCCUCAUCAUACCGCAUCUCUUUCGCUACAAGUCCCCUACCGAGCAACGACAGAUCUUCCGGAUCACCCUGACGCCGCUCGUGUAUUCGUUUUUCGGAUUGGUGUCGCUUCAGGCAUACCGUGCAGCACCAUAUCUGGAGGCACCAUCCAAGUGGUACGAAGCUUGUGCACUGGUCUCCUUGUUCCUGCUAUACGUGAACUACGUGGCGCCGGAUGCUCAUACCCGGGAAGAGUUCUUUCAUGGUCUGGUAUUCCUCACCAAAGGACAGCGACAGCCGGGUAAAGGUCUUCGUUGGUUUAAGAGAUGCUGGCGGAUGCUCUUCAUCUACUUGCUCGUCUUCACUGUUCUCUUCAUCUUGCAGGAGAUCCUCGUCGCAACGGACUGGUACUGUAGUAGCUCGGCUCAGGCCAGACGAGGCCAUGUAUGGAUCACGGUCAUUGAGCUUGUGCUCACGAUAUGGGCCCUGAUCGUCAUCAUAAGAUUUCAACGUCGGCUCAAGACCUUCAUGCAGGGCCGCAAUGCUUUAGCUAAGCUCAUCAGCUUCAAACUCUUCAUACUCGUCACGACAAUACAAAACUUUGUCUUCAACAUCGUGAAGACACAAGUUCGAGGAAAUUCGACCAUCACAUACCAAGACAUUGCAAUUGGUCUACCUACACUUUUGCUCAGCAUCGAAGGCAUGCUUUUCAUGGCAUCUUUCCAUUUCACGAUGCACUCCGGCCCCUUCAAGGGCCACGAGGGUCAGAAGAAAGACCUCCGCAGUAUGCUGAAGGCACUGCUGCAUGCGCUGAACCCAGAAGAUCUCGUACAUGGUGUGUUCUGGGCGCUCAAGUCGUUCUUCGUGAAAUCGAAGAUCCGAGCGGGCAGUAGCGAUGUUGAAAGGCCCGUCGAGACAGUAGAUGGCACGCAAGGACAAGUCAAAGGGUAG